AUGGCUCCCUUAAAUGCCACAAUGAAAGCUGUUGUUGCUAAAGACAGCAAACCUACUGUCAAAGAAAUUCCUCGUCCUGUUGCUACUGAAAACACAGUUGUCAUCAAGAAUUACUACAGUGCUAUCAAUUAUUCUGAUUCUUUUGAAUUGAAAAAGCCUGGUGCAAACACAAUUGGAUUUGAAAGUGUUGGUGAGGUGAUUGAGGUUGGCGAAGGCGUCACUGACUAUAAAAUCGGUGAUCGUAUUUUCCAAGCUGAAGGUGGAGCUCAUGCAGAAUACUCUGUGUUUGACGCAUCCAGUGUCAGAGUCGUCAAAAUCCCUGAUGAUAUCUCUUAUGAAGAUGCCAUCAAGUUUGGAUUGGCGCAUGCUACAGCAAUUACUCUAGCUGAAUAUUCAUAUCAGAUCAAGAAAGGAGAUUAUGUGUUUGUUACUGCUGCUGCUGGUGGCGUAGGCUCUUUGUUGGUUCAAAUAAUCAACCAAAGCGGCGGUAUUGUUAUAGGAUCUGUCUCUACUCCUGAAAAGGCUGAGCGCAUAAAAGCAUUGGGUGCUAAACAUGUUAUUCAAUACAAAGAAGAAGACAUUUUAGAAAGAAUCAUGGAGAUUACUCAAGGUCGAGGUGUUGAUGCUUUCUAUGAUAGCGUAGGUGGUACCACUUUUGAAACGGGUCUUAAGGCCACCCGUCGCCUUGGACAUUUGAUUGCCUUUGGUAUUGCUGAUACUAUGCCUAAGCCUGUUAGUAUGUCUUAUCUUUUCGAUAAAUCGCUUCGAUUGCAUACAGAUUCGCUUUGGCAUUAUUAUCAUGAGAAGGAACUAACCAAAGCUUUAUUUAAGCGUCUUAUUGAAACAAUCCCCAAAUAUGAAAUGGGUGUUCACAAGAUUUAUUCCUUAGAAGAAACUCCACAAGCUCUUGAUGAUAUCUUGAGCGGAAAGACCACGGGAAGACUUCUUAUCAAAAUGUAA